GCAGCCCGCCCUCUGCCCCCCGCCGGGCAGGUGGGAGUGCACGGUGCGGCCCCGCGCUCUGCCUGGUGCCCACGGCCCCGCGCUGCCCGCCGACUGCCGGCGCACGCACACCGCUCUCGGGACCGAGCCUCAGAGUUGUGGAAACUGUUGAAGGGAAGGAACACAUCCCACCCGCCUCGCGGAAGGGGCCUUUUCUGGCCAUGUCUCCUGCAGCUGCUGCAGAGCCAGAUGAGGUCCAGGGAGACAGGCACGUCAGCAAGCUCAUCUUCUUCCUUUUUGUCAUCGGUGCCAUCCUGCUCUGUGUGGGAGUCCUGCUCUCCAUCUUUGGGUUCCAAGCGUGCCAGUACGAAACCCUCCCAGAAUGCAACAUGGUGCUGAAGAUCGCUGGGCCCGCGUGUGCCGUGAUUGGGCUGGGGGCUGUGAUUCUGGCCCGCUCCCGGGCACGACUUCAGCAAAGUGAGGAGCGCCUGCAAGGCAACCUGGGGGACUCCGACCGAGCCUUCCUCUGUGGGGAGAGCCGCCAGUUUGUGCAGUGUCUCAUCUUCGGGUUUCUGUUCCUGACGAGCGGCAUGCUCAUCAGCGUCCUGGGCAUUUGGGUCCCUGGGUGCGGCUCAGACUGGGUGCAGGAGCCGCUGAACGAGACAGACAGUGCUGACGCAGAGCCCCAGAUCUGUGGAUUCCUGUCCCUGCAGAUCUUGGGACCCUUGAUUGUGCUUGUGGGACUGUGUUUCUUCGUGGUUGCCCAUGUUAAGAAGAGAAACAACUUGAAUGGGGGCCAGGAUGCUUCUGAAGAUGAAGAGAGACAGACCCAGACCCUGGAGCCCGUCCAGGUCACUGUAGGUGAUGCCGUGAUAAUAUUCCCACCCCCUCCACCACCUUACUUUCCUGCGUCUUCAGCUUCUGCAGCUAUUCGGAGUCCUGGGGCUGACAGUCUGAUCCCAAAUGAAAAUCCACCUUCAUAUUACAGUAUUUUUAACUAUGGGACCCCAACUCCUGAGGGCCAAGGCGCAGCCGCUGAGAGAGAUUAUGACUCUGUCUAUACUAUUUCUGGGACUGCUUCAUCCUCUGAGACCUCACACACUCCUCAUCUCUCAUCCGAACUGCCUCCCAGAUACGAAGAAAAAGAACCUGCUGCCACCACGUCCUUGUCUCCAUCUUCUGAGCCUUCUCCUCCCUGAGCCAUGGACUCCAGUUCAGUUUUAUAUGGAAUAAAUCACUAUUUUAUUUAAUUUGUUUUUCUAAUAAAAAA